AUGAGCGGACUGAUGGGUAGCAGGUUGAAAUAUCUCCUGCUGUUACGGUUUUUCAAUUACAGUGAAACCAUCCCUAUACAUGUGGCAGGAAAAAAGGGAGGCAGCAUCAUCCUGCCGUGUGAAUUUAAAGCCAGAGAGAUUUUUCUUAUUCAUUUAAACAGACAGUCAAAAAACAUCCUUGUUUAUGAUAAGAAAUACUGCAGUAAGCGAGUAUGUAAAAAAGGAGCAUGUGACGUCGUCAUCAAGGAUCUGAGACUGAGUGAUGCUGGGAAAUACAUUUUAAAUGUCUAUUACAAUAAUGCUAAGUCAGUGCUGGAGCCACAAAUCAGGACGUACCAUCUUCAUAUUUAUGAUGAUAUUUCAGUGAAAAUCGGUGAGCAGCUGAAGUUAGAUGUUCUAUUGCCAGAUGCUCAUCAAGUUAUGCAUCAAAACAAAAGCAGCACAGAAUGGAAGAAGGUCUGGAAGAGAGACAGCAAGUCAAGGGUUAAUGUAGCAUACAGUCGACUGACCGACAGUGACGGGACUCUGACCAUUAAAGAGUUUACGUCUGAUGACGCAGGAGCAUACAGAGUUCUGGGCUAUGAAGGAGAAAUCUUGAUCACAGUGACUGUCACAGAUGAGAAAAAAUCAGAGGGAAAUCUGAACUACAUGGAUGAUGACAAAAAACGUAAUCACUGGAGUUUGUUCGGGCCGGCGGGACUGUUUGUGUCGGUUGUGUUUGCUCUGCCGGUUCUGAUUCUGAUCGCUGCGAUCAUCAAAAAGAUGCAGUGACGCCUGCAACAUCUGUCUUCAGAGCCAAAAGAUCUGCAGAGGAUUCUGUCAACAUAUUUCUGUAAUGUAUUUUUCAUUUACAGUAUACACUGUAUUUACAACCCUAAUUCCAAAAAAGUUGUGACGCUGUGCAGAAUGUAAAUAAAAACAGAAUGCAAAGAUUUGUAAAUAUCAUAAACCCACGUUUUAUUCAUAAUGGAACAUAUAGGAAACAUAUCAAAUUACUAAAAUGUACAAUUUAAUGGGGAAAAGUAAGGUAAUUUUGAUUUUGAUGGCCGCAACACGUCUCAAAAAAAUUGGACCGCGGGCAACAAAAG